AAAAUAGUCAUCGAAAUGGACUCCAACGGACAUUCUUUCUUGGACAGGGUUAUUGCGAUCCUGAAGGAAGAAGCAUCUGAUCAAGUUCCACUUAUUAAUUUUAAGCACCCUAAGGAGUUGGAGGAAAUUUUGAAAGAAGAUUUGGAUAUCUCCCAACCAGUAAAUGAUAACGCACUGGAGCGAUCCGUCAGAAGAAUGCUGCAAUACAGUGUGAAAACGAACAAAGCGACAUUUAGGAACCAACUUUAUGGUGGCACAGAUCGUUAUGGCCUUGCUGGGUCUUGGAUUGCUGAGGCAUUCAACACUAGUCAAUACACAUUCGAGGUAGCACCAGUUUUUACACUCGUAGAAAUUAAAAUCAUGAAACACAUUCUAAAAUUGUUUGGUAUUCCUGAUGGGGAUGGAAUCUUUAGUCCUGGAGGUAGCAUAUCGAUGUUGUACGCAUUAGUGGCAGCAAGGUACAAAGCUUUUCCUGAAGUUAAGGCUAAAGGAAUGCGGAAUCUUCCAGAGAUGAUAAUAUUUACUUCUGAAGAUAGUCAUUAUUCAAUAAGAAAAGCGGCUCAUUGGCUUGGUUUUGGAACCGAAAAUGUUAGAUUGAUAAAAACUAACAGUCUUGGUCAGAUCGAAAUUUCAGAACUAGAUUCUGCUAUACAGAAAGAAUUAGCUAUGGGAAAGUACCCAAUAAUGGUAAAUGCAACAGCUGGUACUACAGUACUAGGAGCUAUUGACGACUUGGAUGCCGCGGCAGACAUAUGCAGGAAAUAUGGAAUUUGGAUGCAUGUCGAUGCGUGUUGGGGCGGAUCUUUAAUUUUGUCGAGCAAGCUGCGAGACAGAUUAAAAGGCAUUGAACGCGCAAACUCAAUAUCAUGGAAUCCACAUAAAAUGAUGGGAGUACCGUUACAGUGUUCAGCAUUUCUGCUUCGGGAGAAAGGUCUACUGCACGAGACUAACGCUGCUGCUGCUCAGUACCUGUUCCAACAGGAUAAGUUCUAUGAUGUGAGAUAUGACACGGGGGACAAAAGUAUUCAGUGUGGGAGAAAGAUAGACGCUUUCAAGCUUUGGAUGAUAUGGAAAGCCCGAAGUGAUAUCGGUCUCGAACACUUAACUGACCACGUGAUGGAAAUAGCAGAGUUUUGUUUAGGUGCUAUUGCUCGUAAGGACGGCUUCAGACUAGUCACGGCACCAAUUCAGUGUCCAAAUGUAUGCUUUUGGUAUAUACCUACUUUCAUGAGGGAUAAAGAGGAGGAUGAGAAAUGGUGGGACACAAUGCAUAAGAUUACUCCGAAAAUUAAGGAACUCCUUACGAUGAGUUCCAGUCUGAUGGUCGCUUAUUCUCCACUGCAUCAUCACAAGAAUUUCUUCAGACUGGCUUUUACUUUCCAUCCAGUAUUGGAAGAAAAGCAAGUCUUGGAAAUGUUGCAAUCUAUUGAAGAGUGCGGUGAGAAGGUUACGUUAUCCAUGCUUCAAAUUUGAAUUGUCAAAUAAUUGGCUGUAGUAUAUUAUUUAUCAAAUAAAGAAAACAUUAUAGUA